GGAGUUGUUGGGAAUUUGGGAUUGAGUCUUUCCUGGUGUUGGGUUUUUUGUUCACAUUGUUGACGUUUUUUCGUUGUGAUUUAGAGGGGCAGCGCGGGCAAAAGACGGGAGGGACAGGUUUUAAUUAUUUUCCGGUGAAAGGAGAGGGUUGUCGGUGAGAGGAAGGGACUUCGGCAGAGCUGUUGACACUUGAUAUUGUGGUUAGAAUUCGGUGAUGGUAGAGCCAUGAGCGAAAAGGAUGAGUUUGAUCUGGAGUUCGAUGAGGAAUUCUUGAAAGAAGUAGACGACAGUGAGGAGCUCUAUUACACUCAAAAGUCGCACGAUGAGGUCCCAUCGAAACGUCGUCGCCUGGAAUCCCCCCCUCCACCUCGUCAAGCCAACCAGCCCUUAUCCACCCGUAAACACCACCUCAUCACCAUAUUCACCGACAAAACUCCCUCUAAACCCCUCAAAGACUCUGCCCAGACCCCGAAGACCUCCUCAAAACCUUCAGGUAAGGCCCUGGCCUUGGCUGCCCUGACCAGUGUCCGGAGAACUCCCCAGAGAUUCCCCAGCGACUCUCCACACCGCAAAAUCCUCCAAAGCCUCCAAGAAAACCCAAAUUCUCCUAGAAGUCGUCAAACAUCCGCCGAAAUGCUCAAGAAAACGCUCGUCAGGAAGUUCCCGGGACCGGCAGGACUGCUCCCAGAUGACAUCGAUCCCUCAGCCCCCCCAGAGUCUUUGAAAACCUACCUCGGCCUCUUCGAUGAGAACGACUCGAACGUCACCAAGACAUCGCCAGAGAAAAUGAACGAAUUCUGCACUCAAGAGACGAAAAAAAUAUUCCUCGAGGGCGCCUGGAUGAGGAUGAUGGACAAUCUCCCUCCGAACUUCCUCGACGGCUACGACAUCGCAUCGAUCAAGGACUCUGACACCGAGAGAGUCCCCAGACUGGCAGUGGUCAUCCAAAGGAUCGACCAGAGCAGUGGAAAUCCCAGGGUGACUCUCAAGGACAUUUCAGGGACGAUGGAGGGGAUGAUGCACCGAGACCUCGCAAUAAACUACCCCAACAUUCUGCACUCCGGAGUUGUUCUCCUUCUUCAGGACGUUGGGAUUCUAUCGACGAAGAAAACUUUCGUCAAGACCAGGACCAUUAUCUUCUCCACUGACAAUUUAAUCGCUGCAUUCUCCGAGAAAGAUGUUGUCGUGAGGACGCCCUUCUUGGACGCCAUCUCCGGGGGGAACUACGAAGAGAUGAAGAGAGAAAAAGCUGCGGCGAGGAACGUUAAGGGUGUUACGAAAAGAAUGAGAAAGUGGGGAGAGGAGUUGAGAGAUGAUAAAGUCGAUUCGUCCCAAGAGAAAAUGGAGUUAUCUCAAGGAGUGGGUAAUAAGGGAUUGAUCGAUCAAUCGUCUACUGAGGAGCCAAAGAAAUUGAUCACUGGGAGCACUAGUGAGUUGGAUGAGGCAUCAUCGAAGGAGCCGAUUGUUAAGGAGGAUCGAAGAGAGUUGGAUAAAUCGCAGGAGUGUGACGAUUUUUGUGAUGAAGACUUCAACUUUGAGGAUGAUUUGUUCAACCAGAUUGAUACGAGUCAGUUUGAUGUUGCAAAGAGUCGUGAGGAUGAGGGAAGAGAGAGGAGGGCUAUCGAGACUGUAGCUGUAAUUGAACACAGGGGGGCAGAGGAGGAUAUAAAAGAAGAACAGAAGGAGGAAGUCAGUGGUUUGGAGCGGUGUGGGGAGAUCUCUUCAGGAUUCGGUGAUGAUUUGCUGAAUGACACUGACUCGGAGGAUGAGUACCUGUCGCAGAUCGAUCUCGAUGCCAUUACCAAGAGUGCUAGUUUGAGUAAUUGAUUAUGCGUGGCGGAUAGGCUGUAAAUAUUAUUAAUUUAAUAUUGUUGAGAGUGCCUUAGAGUAAUUAAUAAAUUUUUAAAAAAAUAAA